UUCAACAAUCCGACACACUCGCCCACUGUCACAGUGUGCUCUGGACUCUACACUGAACGGAUUACCGGUAUCGUUAUCGUUCAUCAUGGAUUUGAAACUCUUGGCGGUUAUGUCUGUGCUUGCUGUGGCGACAUACGUUCCUUUCUCACAAGCUAAGCCCAUCAGUAUGAUGGAGAGGUGCUGGUGUCGUUCUACAGUUAACACCGUCCCCCAGCGCAACAUCCGAGAACUGAAGUUCCUACACACACCCAACUGCCCCUUCCAAGUGAUUGCCAAGCUGAAGAACAACAAGGAGGUGUGUAUCAACCCCGAGACCAAGUGGCUGCAGCAGUACCUGAAGAACGCCCUCAACAAGAUGAAGAAAGCUAAGCAGAUCAACUAGAGAGGAAGACCACCCAACAGAAACAGUGCCAAGUGAAGGUCUACUCUCCUCUUGCACAUUCUUCACAUUUUACUACCUUAAAUUUUUUUCUAAAAAGGGAUCAUAUUCAAUUUUUUUCCUACAGAUCUACACAACCUACAUUUUCAAAGUGAAAGAAAGUUAUUAAAAAAAAGCGAAGAUGUCUUCACACCCCAGAGAUAGUACUUGGUGGAAGCUCCUUUGUCAGCUAUUACAGCUGUGAAUAAUUUAGGAUAAUAUUCUACCAACUUUGCACAACUCGUAGGACAACAUACUUGUAUGACCAUUGUUUUUGUCAAAAUAGCUCUAAGUCAAUAAAUUUGGUUGCGAAUCAUUUAUGGACAGAAAUAUUCAAACAUUGUCUCUGAUAUUCAAGAAAACGUAAGUCAGGUCUAGAACACUCAGGAACACUCAACACCUCUUGGAAAGCAAUUCUGGUGUCUUUGACAUAAAACAUUGUGUAAUUGUCUUUCUGAAAAAUACAGAGGUGGGUUUUCCUUGAACUUUUUACCUGGGGUUUGCUCCUUUCAUAUUUGUUUUGACUUUGAUUCCUUCUUUUCACUUUGUCAUACAGGGCAGUAAUGUGAAGGGAAUGCACUGUUGUUGAUCCCUUUCUUUUUUUAGUAUUGUGGUGGCAGCAUCAUGUUAUGGGUAUGCUUGUCAUCGGCAAGUACUGGGGAGUUUGUCAGGAUCAAAAUAAAUAUGAAAGGAGCAAAGCCCAGGUAAAAUGUUAGAGGAAAACCCGAAUCGGUCUUCUGAAAACCCAAUCCUUGGAUAGUUUUAUUUUUCUGUGGUACAAUUAAACCAUUUUUAUGCCAAACACACACUAUAAUGGCUUUCUAAGAUGUGUUGAAUGGUCCAUUCUCUGUCCUGACUUAAAUGUGCUUUAAAAUUCUGAGACAAGGUUGGAAUAUUGCUGUCCAUCAAUGAUUCCCAUCCAAAUGCACUGAGCUUAAGCAAUUUUGACAAGAACAAUGGAUAUAUGUUGCCCUAAGAGUUGUGAAAGGUUGGUAGAAUCUCAUUCAAAAUAUUCACAUCUGUAAUCGCUGUCAAAGGUGCUUCCACCAAGUAUUUACUUUGGGGUGGGAAAACACGCAAUCAAUACAUCCUCAUUUUGUGUUUUUCAGUCAUUUGAAAAUGUUUAUAUCAAAUGUGGAUUAGGUUGUGUAGAUCAGUAGGAAACAAAUCUAAUGUAAUCCCUUUUUAGAUGUAAUUUUAAGGCAAAUUGUGAAGGGGUAUGUACACUUUCACUAGCGGCUGUAUGUAAUGUGAGGAGUAUAGCGUGUAACAUCUACUCACCUGGCACGCACGCUGAACAGCACUUAUCCUGUCCAUCACGGAACCAUCCAACCCAUGGCUUGCCAAAACCACCACCUCUGUUACCUAUGUUACCAUAACCACUUGUACCCCUUAUAGAAUCCACCCCUAUUAGCGCCAAGUGAAAUUAUAUCUGUGCAUGUAUGUUUUUAUAUAUGAUGUAUAUACUGUUUUUUUACUAUCCUAUUUGAUCGGUAAAGAUUUUUGGAGUUGUUUUGGCCCCUGGCUUCUCUGUCAUUUAGGAAUUAGAACUGUGCUUUAGGUAGGUAUUGAUGGGGCUGAGAUAGGGAGAGGAAGGAAAGGAAGAGAUAAUGAGGGAGGAUUCAUGACAGAAUUCACAACUCACAAUCCAACUCUAUCAGCUUGUCCUGGAGAGUGUACAAGGUUCAGCAAUGCAAAAAAAGAUCCAAGAGGCAUGGGGGUGUUCACGUGUGCAGGGCAGCGCCACUAGAACACACCGGAGUGAAUGGACAUCCCUGUCUAGUACCGACUCAACCAAUAUUUUUUUGUUUUGUAUCCAGCCAUGCUGGAUGUUGAAGUAUUUUAUAUAAAGAGUCUUAUUAAUGUGAAACAUAGUCUGUGAUUUUAUUCUCUGAGCAGCUUUGGUAAUUAGCAAAGACAUAGAUAUACACAGUUUGGAAAAGUUAGUUGGAGAUUUAGAAUUUCAGUCGGCGCCACGUUGGCACGAAGGUUCCAAGAUAUUGACUCUCAAGUUAAAAUGCUAAUUCCAAUGUUGUUGUCAUGGAACGGUGGCUGCCAGUUUGGUGCCAACAGUUGGUUUAUCUCUGUAGAACUGUGACUGGUAGUGAGACCCUGUACAACCCUUCCAGUCUAUUAGGUAUUUUAAGAACUGUGUUUGUGGAUGCGUGCGUGCGUGUGAUAGCUGUUAGCUGUCAGGGGAACACGGUCAUUGACGGAAAAUGUUGAACGGUAUGUUGUUGUAUUUCGGUCUUUCUGAGUAUUCUAGAACAUUUCGAGUCAGAACUCUGCUUAUUGAGCGACCGAUGAAAAGUAGUCGUCCGUAGCCGCGUCAUGGUUAUGGAAACAUUAAAGGUAGUACGUCCAGAUUUUAUGAAAGGAACAGUUAAUCCAGACUACCAUAAAGGGAACGUUCAGUCAGAUAACUAACAACCCACGGCUUGCCAACUUCGUAGUUCAGGUUUCCCUUUAAUUCCGACAUUGACUAGUCCCGUACCGUAUGAACUAAAAUCCCAGACAACACAUGCAGUGGGUUAACCAAACUAAAUUGUUGUCAGACAGACUACCACGUCAAUGGGUCAUGAAACAUUAUGGAAAUUAUAAAGUUUCAUAUUUAGCAAACCAGACACUAUGAAAGCCAAUCUAUCAGCAGUUUUAGUGUGCUAGUGUUAGUAGCAGUAUAGUAAUAGUAAUAGUAGAAAUGGCAAUAGUAGAUAGAUUGGCUUGACUACCUAUUAAUGUCAUAUACUGUAUGUUAUUUUGGAUACCGAUAUGCACUUUACAUCCAACAUAUUCAUUCUUUAACAAUACGUACGUUUAGAAUGUUAUAAUGAGAACAAGAAUAUGAUCCACACCGUUGGUCUACUACAGUUAGUCAACUGUUGUUUUUCUGUUGUCUUUAGUGGUAUAAUACUUUACUUUCACUUUACUUUUUCAUAUAACAACCUUAAGCAUGAGAUGCAUCACAUUUUCAUUUUGAGUAAAAACAAACAUUGUAAGAAAUAUUAUAUUUUUGUAGUUUUAUACGUCAAGCACACGUUCAUAUGAAGGAGCUCGAACGUAUAAUGUCUCCAGAUCUUUUCACAUGAGCCAUUUCCUCUGAUGUAACGUCAUUUCAAUGUUCAACUAGAUUGUUGAGUAAAAUGUCAUCUUUAAAUAAAAAGUAUUCAUUUUUA